CACAUGACUCAAAAAUCGUGCAGUGUACGUGUACGUAGAGGCGGGGCUUUCCUACUCCAGGCCUUCCUUCCUGCUGGGGACAGGAGUCCGGCAACCCAGACGGUGCAGGGCCGGGGAUAUCUGCUACAGACGGUGCCGCCUCCCUGGAGCCUGCAAAACUUCUCAGUGACGCAAGAGCAGAGUGAAUAAAAUGGCUUCCAACCAACGGGCUGCGGUGAGCGAAGAUAAUAUUGUAGCCUUCAGAAAACACUUGGAUAAUUAUACAUCUGGGGAGCUGAAGAGGCUGAGCGAGCACUUCCGCCCCGACUUGGUCUACGUCAUUGAGAACGACAUUCUCACUGUGCUGCAGGAACUCACCAGCAGAUGUGUCAUCACUGCUCAGCAGGCCCAGGAUUACCAUGACUGGGAGAGGAAUCACGACUCAGCCAGCACUGCAGAGAAGCUGGCCGAUGACAUUUUGGCUAUGAACCAGGCCACAGGGCUGGGUCUCUGGACGUGUCUGUUUGCUCUGCAGAGCAGGUGGGCUCACCCCAAUCUCCAUGGGAUGCUGGACGAAAUCAUUCAGAAUGGUCAAAAUCUGUUAAAGGAAAAUCUCCUGAAUGAAAAUGGACAUACUCUUGAUGCCAAACUGAAAGUUUGCCAAAAAAAGCACAAAGAUAAUCUCUGUGACCUGACAUGGAUGAUGAAGGAAAACAGGAGCUCAGAAAAGUCACAGGGACUUCAGCCUCCCUCCAUCUCUAGCCACUAUGUGGAGCUGAAGGUGGUCUCAGACUGUCACUUCAAGAAGCAGACACACCAGGAGCAUGAGGCUCUGGCCGCGGCUGGGGAGCUGAAUGAAUAUCGCCUCCAGAGGAGAAUGAAGAGUGAGCUGGAGCACAUCGCCCCUGACCGGCUCUUCCGCUGGUGCUUUCAAUCCCGCCGUGUCCCCCUAUCUGUGAUGGUGAGCGGAGUAGCCGGCGUGGGCAAGACAACCCUGGUGCAGAAAUUCAUCUUUGACUGGGCAACAGGGAAGCACUACCAGAAAUUUGCCUUUGUUUUCUUCUUCAAGUUCCGGGACCUGAACACUAUUACUGAGAAGAGGAGCCUAGAAUCUCUGAUCUGUCAAACAUAUCCACACCUCCGGGACAAGCUCUCUAGAGUCCUGGAAGACCCUGAGAAGUUGCUCUUCAUCUUUGAUGGCUUGGAUGAGAGCAAGACUGAUUUGAAAUUAAGCAGAAGUGGAUCCCAUGAGCUGUGUAUGAAUCCAGGGGAUGUGAAGCCAGUUACUGUGAUUGUUGCCAGCCUGCUGAAACAGACUCUGCUGAAGGGAUGUUCUGUGCUGCUGACCAGUCGCCCCUGCAAGUUGACCAGUUUGGAGGCUGGAGUCUUCCAUAGAGUGGCCAGUAUCGUGGGCUUCCUCUCCAAGGAAAGGGAAAGAUACUUUUCCGUGUUCUUUGGAGAUGAGCGAGUCUCCAGAGAGGCCUUUGCGUAUGUGAGGGACAGUCAGGUUCUGUACACGCUGUGCUACAACCCGUCUUACUGCUGGAUCACAUGCACGGCCCUGAAACCCUGCUUCACACCCAAGGCAGGGAAACCACAGCCUGCACCCAAAACAGUGACCCAGCUCUUUGUGAGCUACGUCACCCAUAUUAUGGCCAAUCACACCCAGGAGCGGCCUGAGCCUCAGAAGAUGCGAGAUACAUUGAUAAGGGUCGGAUGGUUGGCUGAAUACGGCAUCACAAACCACAUUCUAGUCUUUGAUCUGAAGUAUUUACAGGAUUUCAAUGUUGAGUUUUCUCCAUUCCUCACUGGCUUCUUGGUGGAGAACCCUCAAACCGAUGACUCUUCCCAGGUGACCUACUCCUUCCUUCACCUCACCAUCCAGGAGUUCUUCGCUGCCCUCGUGCAUUACCUAGAUUACAAGGAGGACAAGUUCAGAGACACAAUGGCUAAAGCCAGGUCCUGUAAGGAAGGUGACUAUGAGAUCUUCUCUCGCUUCCUGGCUGGGCUCUCCCAUCCUGUAACCAGGAUGCCCCUGGAGAAAUAUGUGGGGAAGUUCUCUGCAGAGGCAACUCGUAAGGUUAUUGGAUGGCUCAGUGAGAUGAACUAUGAGGACCUGCAAAGCCCAGAAGAGCCUGAGGGGAAGAGGAGGCUGAUGAACGUAUUCAAUUUGUUUUUUGAAUCUCAGAACAGCCAACUUGUGCAGGAUGUGGUGGGUAAAGCUGCCCAUAUGGACUUCUCUGACUUAUACCUCAUGCCGGUGGAUUGCACAGUCCUUGCUUAUGUGUUGAGUUGCUGUGAAGAAAUACAGCGCCUAACCCUAGAUUCCUGCUUCAUCCAGAACGAGGGCCUGGAGCGACUCAGACCUGAGCUGCACAAAGUCAGAGAACUGAGUCUCCUGGAUAAUGAUCUGAAGGAUCCUACAAUGAAGGAUAUUUGCAAGGCCCUAAAGCACCAGAACUGUAGGCUAGAGGCUCUGAGCCUAGGGAAGAACGCGUUCACUGAACAGUGCUGUGAAGAACUGGCAUCUGCCCUCGCAGAAAACCGGACCCUCCUGCGUCUUGAACUCAAGAAGAAUAAACUGCGGACAGUGGGCCUUUCUUACCUAUCCAGGGUGUUUGAGUCCCCAGAGUGUAAGAUUCGGAAAUUAGGCCUCCAGGGAACUGGUUUGUCAGAUGAAUCCUGCAGGAGCCUCUGCUCUGCUCUCUCCAAAAACUCCAGCCUCCGGCAUCUGAACCUGAGUGCGAAUAUGUUCACCGAUCGGUGCGCUGAAGAAGUGCAUCUUCUUAUCCUGACGUGCCCCAGCCUCACUGAGAUCAGGCUAGGUUUGAACGACUUCUCUCCAGAGGUGGAAAAGCAGCUGAAGAACGUGCAGAGAAAAGGGCUGGACAUUCAUUUUUAAAGAACAGAGCUGUGCUGUUCCAUGCUGUGAAAGCAGCACUGGACACUAGUGAUGCACUGCCUGGUGCAGCAUCCACUGCCUGUGAUUCAGUGCGAGGGGUGACAGCUGGAGAUUAAAGCACACUGCAUAAGACAUAUAGGGGCACAUUGCAAUGAAACUCAGGCCAAACUCCUAUGAUGGGUCUGCUGAACUGGGGACUACAACUCCCAUCAGUCCCCUCUGCACAUCCCCUUCCUCCUGGCCAGGUAAGGAAGCGGCAGUCACAUGGCAAGUAAGUGGCUGCAGGGAAACUGAAACAGCAGCCGCUUGGCAAGCAGGGAGUUGGAGAGAAGCUGAAUUCAGAGUGGAGUUCCCAGGAACUAUAUGUGUGGAACAGAGCCAUGUGGGACUUAUGGGGGAGCAGCAGUGGCUGGGCAGGAACCCACCACAGAGGGGCCCCAAUGACAGACACUAACUGAGCCUGGCCUGGAAACCUACAAGUUCCUAUUUGCUUGGAAUAGAGACUGGACUGGACAGGGUACCCCAAGCACAAGGCGGGACAAGCCCUGACUCUCGACUGGACUGUCCCAGGGGCCCAAACAUUUACUGCUAUCGCUCUGUUUGAACUGUAAUUGUUUAAGCCUCUGUACCUAAGGUAUCUACAACCUUUCCUUUUCUGCUGGCAUUUGUAAAGCAUUUCCGUUCUCGGUAGGAAAAUUAUUGUCCCCUCUUUCUACUAACAAACCUGUUCAGCUGCGGAAGGACCCCUCACUUCCUGGCUUCAAAUCCAGCAUUUUAAAACGUCUCCCAGGCCUCUUGGCUUUCCCCCAGAGUCAAGGCAAGUUCUGAUUUGAACAUCCAUUUUUCUUGGAUUUCAGUGGUAGAUUACAUGUUAGAUCGUGUUAGAGAGGAUAAUAAGGUGAUAAGUAACAGUCAACUUGGAUUUGUUAAGAACAAAUCAUGUCAAAUCCGUCUACUAUCCUUCUUUGACAGGGUAACAAGCC